GUUUUGGUCGCCGCUUUUUUCUUCAAGUGCUAGCACGAGCGACACGAUUCUCUUGUUAAAUUGCCACACCUUAAGCUGUGCGUACAAACGUUGUGCAUCGUUUUAGUUGUGCGUGAAACCAAUUUGAACAUGGAACGAUCAGAAUCGGGAGACGAGCAAGCGAUCGAAGACGACUGUGGGACGAUGAAGCCUGACGCCGCGGAAGAGACAUACGACAAUUACAAUGUUGGGUUGCUGGAAGAAUGUGCGAGCGUCCAUGGGGCAGGGACACAGCAACCCGCAACAGAGCAACCCAAAAAGUCGUCGGAAAACGAUGACGUCAUUGUAUGCAUUUCGGACUCUGACUCGGAGGACAGUAUUUUGGAAGUCGCCUCGGAUGAACAAGUGUUUUCCAAUUCCGACGAAGUUGACAACGAGCAAGAAGAGGAGAAAGAAUCGGAGAAUUCUUCGGAAGAGGCCCAGGAGGAGGAUUCGGAUGUAAGCUUCGAUUCUUCCGAAGAGUCCCGGACACAGGAUUCGGAAGUGGUAUGCUUGGACUCUCCUGAUGAAGAGCCCCCGGCACAGGAUUCGGAUGAAAGCAAGGAUUCAUUAAAUCCAGAUUUCUGGAAAUGUAUUGAAAAUUCCAAUGACGAAGAAGUGAGCAAACCGACAACUUUUGGUGGGGUGAGUUUUGACCUGACCGGCGACAGCAGCGACGAAGAAACAAACCCAACUGUCGCAGACAAGAGUACAGGUGAUUUGCUUUCCGGUGCCGCCAGUGAACAAGUCGCAGUUUCUAACGACGUUAAGGAAUCAAUGAAAGAGCUGCCGGCCGAGUCUAGUGUAGAAGCGGCAGAAUCACAACUACCCAACGAAAAAAAAAAUACACCUGUGCCUUCCGGGGAUAACGCUGAGCAACAGCGUGAUAGUGCCCAAUCAACUAAAAAUGCAGAUAUGGGUCGUGUAGUACCAUACAUUGGAACGACAGGCGGUGAUAUUAGCGAUGGCAACAGUACCGCCGUUAUGAAGUAUCGUUCCCCAACGCUUGCCAAUACAUCAGGCAGCAUUAUGUAUCGACAAAGUGGCCUGCCUUUCUGCCGCCGUAACGAGAUGCACUACCUGGACAAACUGUUGUCGGCAGUGUAUCCGAAAUUUCAUACAGAGCCAGUGUACACUAAAACCCGCGGUGGUUACGAAUACACGCGGCUUCUCCAACUUUACUCGAGAAAAAAGCGUAAAACCAAGCGGGCUGGGGCUUCGUCUAACUCUAGAGAUGUCAUCCUUAGGUCGCCGUUCUACGAAGGACCAACCCGUUACGGAGGAGCGUCCGCGCUCCGAAGCAGUCGAGACAGUCGAAUGUUGCAAGUGCCACUUCCAGUUCGUCAAAGCGCGAAUCAGUACCAGCUAACAACUCCUUUGCUGUCAUCUACUUCUCAAAGUCUGCAAAACUCCCCACCGGAUGAGCCCAACGAACCUCGCCAAUCAACAACGAGAACCAACGAGAGCUUCUUGAGGGCUCGAUCGUGGAAUACACCGUACACAAUUGCAAGGCGACCACGUUUCCCAAUGAAAGAACUGGUCAUACCAACUGUCGGCGAGCUGCUGCAGUACAAAAGGCAGAUGCAAAUAAAUGAUAAGCCGCACGAGUUGGAAGAAGUUCGAGAUCCCGAUACCGAAAUGGACACUAGUGAGAACACCUCCUCGGCAUAUGUCGUUGCCAGCAAUAUCCAAACACCAUCGCCAGCCGACACAGUGAGCACAGCUGGAAAGAGCGAUUCGAAGCAAAUUACCAAGAUAAAACCAGCAGUUACACGGACACGUCCAAGCACUGCCACUAGUGGUAGCGAUCUAUUUGCGCCCGCACCGCGCCUCGAGCUCCCGAAUGUUGCUUUGCCGGGGCUGACCUCGUUGCCGAAAUUGGAUCUACCACCGGAGUUCUGUUUCGGGCCGGGCUCCUCACAGCCAGCCUGGAAAAUGAUGAACUCAGUGAACAGCAGUGCCGAAAAGCAGCAGCAGCAGCAGCAACAUCAUCUACCUUUGGCUACAGUACCUCCUUCCAUUUCGUUCCAGUUCAUUCAUCCCGAGAUCCUUGGAAGCUGGACGUUGGAUGAUAUGAAUUUAAUCUCAUUGGACCGACAGUUCGACUUUGUGGGCCCUGUUUCACUGGAAACGGAUAGCGUGCUGGGAUCCGAAAUUUCCAUCCAAUCGGAUUCAGGUCCCUCUACAAAGCUGGUCCCGUUCGCCCAGCUGCCAAAAACAGGAGCCGGUAAAUGGGAAUGUCCAACCUGCAUGGUAUUCAACGAACAAACCAUCAAUCGCUGCGUUGCAUGUGAUUGCCCGCAGCCGAGAGCUAAGGAAGUGGCAGGAUCAUCAGCAAUGACACCUAAUCAAUCGUCCGCGGCUACCUCUGCGUCUUUCUAUGAUUCGAGUCGCUCCACGAAGCUGGUCCCGUUCGCCCAGCUGCCAAAAACAGGAGCCGGUAAAUGGGAAUGUCCAACCUGCAUGGUAUUCAACGAGCAAACCAUCAAUCGCUGCGUUGCAUGUGAUUGCCCGCAGCCGAGAGCUAAGGAAGUGGCAGGAUCAUCAGCAAUGACACCUAAUCAAUCGUCCGCGGCUACCUCUGCGUCUUUCUAUGAUUCGAGUCGCCCCACGAAGCUAGUCCCGUUCGCCCAGCUGCCAAAAACAGGAGCCGGUAAAUGGGAAUGUCCAACCUGCAUGGUAUUCAACGAACAAACCAUCAAUCGCUGCGUUGCAUGUGAUUGCCCGCAGCCGAGAGCUAAGGAAGUGGCAGGAUCAUCAGCAAUGACACCUAAUCAAUCGUCCGCGGCUACCUCUGCGUCUUUCUAUGAUUCGAGUCGCUCCACGAAGCUGGUCCCGUUCGCCCAGCUGCCAAAAACAGGAGCCGGUAAAUGGGAAUGUCCAACCUGCAUGGUAUUCAACGAACAAACCAUCAAUCGCUGCGUUGCAUGUGAUUGCCCGCAGCCGAGAGCUAAGGAAGUGGCAGGAUCAUCAGCAAUGACAGGUAAUCAAUGGGAAUAUUCCAAGUGCCGAACGCGCUACGACGAGGCAGAGAUGAAAAAUGCGUGUUGUGAGCAGCCGAAACCGUCCACUUCCAAGCAACCCGUAGUAGUCAGCAGUGAGACACCAGAGCAGACCGUUGCAUACGCCCCGCUUACACUCUCACCAGCUGGUUUCGAGCGUAUGCCGGUAGCAACUGCGGAGAUGAAAGAAAGCAAUCACAUCUUCAGUAAGUGUACAUUUGUAGCUCCAACUGAGGGUACCUUUGGUAAUGCUGGCAAAUUUACGGCAGACAGUCGAACGGCAAACCAAACAAACCUCGGCAACACCAGCGCAAUUCGGACAUUGCCAACUGUGCCCCACAGCAGUAUAACGCCCAUCGGUGUAACGGGUUUUUCCAUUGCCCCCGUCUUUAAGUUCGGUGAUCCCUCAAUCCAGAAUCCUUCAGUGGCGACGGAGCAGCUACCACAUCUGGUAGAGUGCGGGCUCGGCGGAAUAGACGGAAUGCACGGUAUGCGCAGGGUAACCAGCGUCAAACGGGUCAAUUUCGCGGAAGGCGAUCGCUGGGCGGCAAUGUAGUAUGGCCCAAUGACAAAUACCAUUGGAGUGCUCAUAACAAUCAACGGAGUAAGCACGAUGAUGCAAAUGAGAAUCCAAAGUAGACCGCUAUCACAGAACAAUUUACAUUUAUUAAUUAUAGGCAGAACAAAUAGUAGCAACUUGUGUUCCAUUAAAUGCCAUUUAAUGCCACAAAAUUGGCAGUAAAUCCAUCAAAAGUUAUAGUUAAAGGUCCAGUGUUACAAGGGAAUCUAUUUCCUUGUUCCCAGUGAAGAGGCGAAAAAUAGAUUGUUGGAAGGAGAGAGAGAGCUACGAAAGCUAGCGGUAGGACCAGUAACGCGGUAGGAAAGAAAGCGGAAAAUUUGAAAUCAACCGAAUUCAUACAUGCUUCAUCAUAAAUUUUGUGAAAAUGUACUUUGGAUGAAAUGAACAUAAAAUAAAUUCUAAACCGUA